CUCAGAGAACACAACACUAGCAAACAAAAGUAUCGGAGAUUCCUCUUCUGUGGACUCGGUAAGUGAAUAAUCUCAUUGCAAUUGCACAUUGGAAUUUCCUAUCUGAAAUUGGAAAUCCUUUGAAACUUGUUCGCGGUAUCGUUAUUAUCAGAUCAGAGCCUUCGGUUCGUUCUUCCCGAUCCCAACCAUACCAUAUACCAAUUUCCCUAGAACGUAAAAGUUGCUUCAACCGCAAAACUUUUUUUUGGAUAAUUUUUUAGGGAUUCACAUCUGUAUUUGGCUUCAACAGUCUCGUUCUCACCUACAAAUUUUAUUGUAGUAAAAAAUUUUUUAAUUGACCCAGAAAAAGAGGGAUAUAAUUUGUCGACUUUAUUGAUUUCUAGAAAUGAACGGAUCUAUCACUUCAACAAGUAUGACUCCUCCCAAGGCUUCUACCAGUGGAUACAGUGAAAGGAAGUAUCGUCCUUGGAAUGAUUUCCGCAGUGAUACUUUAACAGUUCCCUCGGAUGAAAUGCGCCAAGUCAUGUACGAAGCCACCGACGGUGACUGCGUAUAUGAAGAAGAUGAUGAUACUAAAAAAUUGGAAGAAUUUGUAGCUAAAAUGAGUGGAAAAGAAGCUGGUCUGUUUGUCACUUCUGGUACUCAAGGAAACCAACUGUGUAUCCGCACGCACCUGCAUCAGCCUCCUCACAGCAUCGUUUGUGAUGAUCGUGCUCAUAUUUAUAAUUGGGAAGCAGGAGCUAUUGGACUUUUUACUCAAUCUAUUGUUCGUCCUAUCGCUCCUAAAAAUGGAAAGUACAUCACCGCGGAGGAAGUCGAAAGCAAAUUGAUUGUCGGAGACGAUAUCCAUUUUGCUCCUACUGGCUUAAUUUGCUUGGAAAAUACAAUCAAAGGUGUUGUAAUCCCUAUCGAAGAAGUUGCUCGUAUUUCUGCCCUUGCCAAGUCCUACAACAUCCCUCUCCACUGUGACGGUGCUCGUUUGUGGGACGCUUCCGCUGCUACUGGCGUUUCGAUUGAAGAGUAUAGUUCUCAUUUUGAUACCAUCAGUCUUUGCUUGAGCAAAGGUCUCGGUGCUCCCGUUGGCAGUGUAAUUGUUGGACCUAAGGCUUUCAUCAACAAGGCCAAUUGGUUCCGCAAAGCUUACGGUGGUGGUAUGCGUCAAUCUGGUAUGUUGGCUGCUGCUGGUUUGUAUUCUAUUGAACGCAAUUUCCCCUUACUCACUCGUGUUCAUCAAUACUGUCAAGAUUUCGCCAAGUAUGCUGAAUCAUUGGGUGUUGAGUUUGAAGUUGCUCCUGAAACCAACAUUGCUAUCCUUUCCAACGUAAACGUAGCUAUCCUUGUUGACGAAGCCAAGAAGGCUGGUAUCGUUUUGAUGGGACCCCGUGUGGUUUUCCAUAUUCAAAUCACGGCUGAAGCUGUUGAAAUCUUAAAACAGGUCUUGAUCCGAACUGUUGAGCGUCAAAAACUGGAGCCUAAUGUCGUUGCCAAACCCGGCGAAUUCAAGGUCGGAUAUUAAAAUAUUGGGUAUACAGUUGCUUCUCUUUUAUUUUCUUUCAUUCAUAAAAAGGUCCUUGGAUUAUUUUUUGUUUAGUCUUUUUUUGUCUUGUGUAACUCUGCUAAAUUAUUAUGAUGCUGAUAACUACACAAUUGGUCCUCGUCCUCAUAGUUUAUGAAUUCUUCUUUUAUGUUUUGCAUAGUUUCAACAAAAAUCCAAGAUGGAUCAGGUUGUUUGCUUAUUUAAAUUAUUACUAUUUUUGUUUUAAAUUACCACUGAUCCUCAUAAUUUUCAGGGUUUGGUUGUUUUUUGAUACUAAUAAGAAUUCUUGUAUAUCCAUCACUCA